AUGAACAAACCAUUUGAAAUUUUAGAAUUUUUUAAAAUUAAACUUUCUAUUAAUUUAAGUUUAGCUUUUAUAAUUUUAAAUAUAUUAUUAGUCUUAUUUUCUACUUUUUUAAUUAGAAAUGUAAAAAAAAAAGGCAAAAAAGGAUAUUCUAAGAAAGACGACCUAAUUAAUGAAGACAAUGGUCAAAUUUCUGAUAGUAAAAUAUAUACAAAUAUAAAACCUAUUUUAAAAGAUAGAAGUGAAUUUGAAGAUGAAAUUUAUGAAAAAAGUGAAGAAAGUAUUGAUGAUGAAAAUGACAGAAUAGAAAAAAAAAAAAUAAAAAUUUACUUAAAAUUAAAUGAAGGAUUAGAAAAAAUUAAACAGGAAUUAGGUAUAGUAGAUAAAGAACUAAAAAAAAUUAUAUAUGAAGAGGAAAAUUUUAAAUUUAAAAAUAUAUAUACAUGUGAUAAAUCAAACGAUAACGAAUUUAUAGAAAUUGGUAAUUCUGAUAAAGAACAAAAAAAUACUAAACACAACUGUAAUGAAAAUAUAUUUAUAACAGAUUCUUUGGAAAAAAAAAUUAAUAAUGUAGAAUAUAAUAAAAAUGAUAAAUUCAUUAAAAAUAAUUCCUUAAAUACUAGUAAGAAAAGCACACAAGUGAAUUUAAAGAAUGAUUAUGAAUUCAAUAAAUUAAAUGAUUAUGUUGAUAAGACAGAUAAAAUAUCUGGAUAUAAUGAAAAAAAAAAAGAUACAUUCAAUAAUGACAAGAUAGUCAAUAAUAAUCCCAGAGAUAUUUUAAGUAAUAAUCAAAAUGCCUAUAUGAAAAAUAAUAAUAUUAACUUUAAUAUUAAGCAAGAAAAUUUAAAUAAUAACGAAAAUGUAAAUAAUAUAAAUUAUGAAAUAAGAAAUAGAUGCUCAAAUAAGGAUAAUAAUGAAAAUAUAAAUGAUUUAAAUUAUAAUAAAAAUAUUAAUUCUAAUAAAAAUACUACCUUAAAAAAUGAUGAGAAUAAUAAAUCUUCUGAAAAUGAUCAGAAAAAAGAUUACAAAGAAUGUGUGAAUAUUAAAAAUGAUAGAACUAGUGAAAGUAUAUUUAUCAUUGAGGAAGAUUUAUUAAAAGGAAAACAAAAAGACAAUCAAUCAAAUACAGUAAAGAAUAAAUUUAAAAAUGAAUUUAAAAUUAAUAAUUCGAAGGAAUCGAUUAAAAAUUAUUUAAGUAACGAACUACUUAAAAUAGACGAAAAAUUAGAAAGCUCUAAUUAUUUUUCUAAGAAAGAUGAUACUUCGAAUGAAAAAAGCGAAGAUUUAAAAAUUGAUUAUAAGUUAAAAAUAAACAAUGAACUUUUUAUUAAAAAAAGCGAAGAAUUAAAAAACGGAAGUUAUGAUUUAAAUAAAAAAAAAAAUGCUAUUCGUAAAAGCAUUGAUACAAAAAAAGAAAAAAGUGAAAAUAAUAAAGUUCAAAAUGUAAGAAAAAAUGAUAAUAAAGUUGAUACAAAUAAAAGAAGAGAUGAUAUUGUUAAAAUAAAUGACGUUAAUAAAAGAGAAAGUAACAUAAGUGUAACAUAUAACAUAAAUAAGAGAAAAAGUGUUAAUGAUAAAAUCAUUCAUUAUGUUAAUAAAAGAAAAAGCAAAGUAGGAGAAACAAAUAACAUAAAUAAAAGAAAAGAUAAUUCUAAAAAAAUAGAUGAUGUAAUUGAUGAUUUAAAUAAAAGAAAAGAUACAAAUAAAAGAAAGGAUUAUUUUGAAAAAAUAGAUAUAAGCAAAGGAAAAGAUGCUAAUAAAAAUGAUGAUUUAAAUAAAAGCAAAAACAAUGUUGAUAAAAUAAAUGAUGAUAUAAACAAAAUAAAAGAGGACAAUCAAAAUGUUGAUGAUACAAAUAGGAGAAAAAGUGAUGCUAGUAAAAUAUAUUAUAUAAAUGAAGAAUGUGACAUAUAUAGAAGUGAUAAUAUAAAUAUAAGUAGUGAUGGUAAGAUGAACAUGAUAUAUAAAAGGAAUGAACAUAUUGAAAAAAUAGAUAAUAUACAUAAAAGUAAAGAAUAUGAUGAAAAAAUUCAUAUGGGAAAAAAAAAAGGUGGUAAUAAUAAAAUAGAUGAUUUAAAAAAAAGGAAAGAUGAUUAUGAUAAUAAAGAUGAUACAGAUGUUAGAAACAUUGGUAUUGAUAAAACGGAAAAUGUAAAUAUGCAAAAAGAAGUUGGUAAUGAAAUAAAUAAUAUAAAUAAAAGAAAUAAAGAUAAUGAUAAAACAGAAAAUGUAGAUAAAAGAAAAGAUGAUAAUUAUAAAGUAGAUGUUAUGAAUAAAAGAAACAAAGAUAAUGAUAAAGCAGAAAAUGUAAAUAAAAGAAAAGAUGAUGAAGAUAAAGUAGAUGAUAUAAAUAAAAGAAACAAAGAUAAUGAUAAAGCAGAAAAUAUAAAUAAAAGAAAAGAAAUUGGUAAUGAAAUAAAUGAUAUAAAUAAAAGAAACAAAGAUAAUGAUAAAACAAAAAAUGUAGAUAAAAGAAAAGAUGAUGACUAUGUAGAUGAUAAAAAUGAAAGAAAAGAUGGUAUUGAUAAAACAGAAAGUGUAAAUAAAAGAAAAGAAGUUGGUGAUGAAAUAAAUGAUAUAAAUAAAAGAAACAAAGAUAAUGAUAAAGCAGAAAAUGUGAAUAAAAGAAAAGAUGAUGAUGAUAAAGUAGGUGAUAUAAGUAAAAGAAACAAAGAUAAUGAUAAAACAGAAAAUGUAAAUAAAAGAAAAGAAGUUGGUAAUGAAAUAAAUGAUAUAAAUAAAAGAAAAGAUGAUGAUGAAGUAGACGAUAUAAAUAAAAGAAACAAAGAUAAUGAUAAAAAAGAAAAUGUAAAUAAACAAGAAGUUGGUAAUGAAAUAAAUAAUAUAAAUAAAAGAAACAAAGAUAAUGAUAAAGCAGAAAAUGUAAAUAAGCAAAAAGAUGGUAUUGAUAAAACGGAAAAUGUAAAUAAAAGAAACAAAGAUAAUGAUAAAACAGAAAAUGUAAAUAAACAAAAAGAAGUUGGUGAUGAAAUAAAUGACAUAAAUAAAAGAAAAAAAGAUAAUGAUCAAACAGAAGAUGUAGAUAAAAGAAAAGAAGAUGAUGAUGAAAUAGAUGAUAUAAAUAAAACAGAGGAUACUGAUAAAAUAGAAGAUAGAAACAGUAGAAAAGGUGAUAUAGAUAAAAUGGAUAAUAUAAAUAAAAGAAUAGAAGUUUAUAAAAUAGACAAUUUAAAUAACAGAGAAGAAUAUUAUGAUAAAACAAAUAAUAGAAAUAAAAGAGGAGAAUAUUUUGAUAAAGCAGAUGACAAUAAAAGUAAAGGAGAUUUGGAGAAACUUUAUGAUAUAAGAAAAAAAGUUCUUGACAAAAUAGAUAAUACAAAUAAAAGAAAAGAUGAUAAUGAUAAAAAAUAUAAUAUAAAUAAUAGAAAAAAUGAUAAUGACAGUAUAAAUGAUAUAAAUAAAAGAAGGGAGGUUGAUAAAAUUGAUAAUGCACAUAAAAAAAAAAAUAAUCCUGAUAAAACUGAUAAUUCAUCUAGUAAAGAUAUUUCGAACAACAAUUUACAUAUAAAUAGUUUAAUUAGAGAAAAAGCGAAGCAAUCUAUAAACAUGCAAGAAUAUGAUGUGAGUGAGAGUAAUUUAGUAACAUUAAAAGAUUUAAUAAAUAAAAAUAAUAAUUCAACAAAAAAAGAUAAUAAUAAAAUUGAAGAUAAAAAAAAUUAUGAAAGUUAUGUUUUAAAAAAUAUUAAAGAAAAAUAUAAAUUCAAUGUGGGUAUGAAAGAAAAUGAAAUAAAUCAGUUAAGAUAUAAUUUAAAAGACAAGUUUAAAGAUAUAAGUGAAAUAAUUAAAGUACAAAAUAAUAGUUUAAAAAAUAAUUUAGAAAAUGCUAAAUAUAUUGAAAAUUCAGGGAACGAUGAAAAAAUUACUGAAAAGUAUAAUUGCGAAAGUUUCGGUUUAAAAAAUAAUUUUAUAAAUACUAUUGAACCAAAAAACAAAAAGGAAGAAAAAUGCACAAGAGACUUAGCCGAAGAUAUAAUAAAAAAAGAAAGGAUAUUUGAAUUUGCAAAACAUAGAACUAAUACAGAUAUAUCUAAUUAUUCGAAUGAAAUGAAUAACAGAGAUAUAAAAAGGCUAAAAAAAUGGAAAUCUCAUAUGAUAUCAAAGAAAAAUGAAGAUGACUGGCUUUCAUCAGAUGUACUACUAUCAUGUUUUUUGAAUUUUAUAAAAUUAAAAAAAUAUGUAAAUAUAACAGAAUUAUCAGUUAAAUUUCAAACUACAACUGAAGAUAUACGGGAAAAAUUGGAGGAAUUAGAAGAGCAAGAUAUGAUUAAUGGUGUUUUAGAUGAAAAAGGUAAUUAUAUUUAUUUAUCACAAGAAGAGAUUAAUAAAUUAUGUUUUGAGAUACAGUCAAAAGGGAAAGUAAAUACACAUGAAGAUUUUGUGAAAGUUUGUAAUAAAGUUAUAUCUUUAAAUAUUAAUGAUAAGGAUAAAGAAAAAUUAAAAGAAGAGGAAGAAAAAAUAAUUAAAGCCAAGACAGAAAUAUUUUAA